AUGUCGGCUAACGACAACAACAACACCAACCUCCCCGAGCCGGGCGUCGCUCCAGCUGGCACUGGGAACGGUCCUUUGCCUACGACCACCAACGAAUCACAACCAUCUUCCGGUCCAGUCGAAACCGCAAACAAUGCGGCUUCAGAACAGAGUCCUCAACAGACAACGGAGAAUGCCGUGACUGCCGAUACGAAGCCCGCAGAGGGUGGCGAAAGCGCUGCGCCGACUGCUUCCACCACGACCAACGAUACUACUGUCGCCUCGUCGAACGAUGCAGCCCAGACUACCGCAGAAAAGACCAAAGAGCCGUCCCCGGAAACUGCGGGUACACAUCCAAAAGAAGACGAAGACUCCGGACCGUCAUUGAUGAUCACUCUGCUGUUAACGUCCGGAUCGCGGCAUCCAUUCAAGAUUGAUGGGAAAUACCUUCGCAAGCAGUCGGUCAAUGUCGAAAACAAUGAUCCGUUUGCCAUGAGUGUCUAUACUCUGAAGGAAUUGAUCUGGCGGGAAUGGCGUGCAGACUGGGAAUCGCGCCCGUCGUCGCCUAGCUCCAUCCGACUGAUCUCGUUCGGAAAACUGUUAGAAGAUAAAGCACCUCUAUCAGACUCCAAAUUUAAUCGUGAUGCACCCAACAUUGUUCACAUGACAAUCAAACCCCAAGAGCUUAUCGACGAAGAAGACGCCGCUGGAGCCAAGGGCCAAUCCAUCCGGGAACGGGUCCCCAGCGUGCGCAGCCCUGGAUGUCGCUGUGUCAUCCUCUAA